AUGUAAAACGAUAGCUUUGAAACAAACGUUUUUGAUUCACGUGAUUCGGAACCAUUGCUCUUUUUUCGGGCGAAGUCUGACUUCAUGGUACCUAUGUUAUUGUUAUUGCAAGCACUCUUAUAAGGUUUAAGUACUAAGACACACUUUCACUGGAGAUCCUGUUCCUGAAUAGAUGACAGUUGUUGUCCUGUGAGCCACUGUGCAGUGCAGCAGCAUGUUCCAGAAACCAGAUGCCAGUAAGGAUGCGUUCCUGGAGCAGGCGCGGGCGGCGCGCGAAGAGCGCCACAUGCAGCAGCGCCGUGAGCGCGCCGCUGUCCGUGUGCAGGCCCUCGUCAGGGGCUUCCUGGCGCGGCGCGCCGCCCGUCGAGAUGUCACCCGCCGGCUGGAGGCGGUGCUGCAGUCGGCGGCCGGCGCCGAGGAGUCGCCGCCGCUGGUCGCCGCUCAGGAGGUGUACCGCUGUGUCAGGGACUACCUGGUCAUCACCGGCGGUCGCGACGGACAGCGCUUCGGACAGAUCUGUAGGUACCUGGUGCACAGCAUGGCCUCGGACUCGCUGAAACUGUGCUACGCGUCCGUGGCGCUGAACCCGCAGCACGCGGUCGGCUGGAUCCGCCAGAUGAGGACGAUCCUGGCACAGUGUCUGUCCCGACUGGAGACGCUGCGCCCAGAGACGGCCGGAGACGCGCCGACUGUGACGCUGUACCUGCACAUGCUACUGACGUUCACGUCGACGUCCAGCUGGCGGCUGUUGACCAACCCCAGCCACGAGAAGCUGAGGCCCGUCAUGGACAAACUGUGCCUGGCCCUGCUGCAGCACGCCAGCGCCGCGCACCUCAUGAGGACGCUGAAGGAGGUGCUGGUGCGCGGGCUGGCCCGCUCGCGGCCGGUGCUCCGGCACGCCUCUCUCACAGCCUGUAUGACGCUGGCGCUGCGGCCGCUGGUGGCCUCCCAGUUCUCGGCCAAUGACGUCAGCGCCUACCUGAUCAGCGUGCUGAGCGUGCCCGGCCUGGUGUCCCACCUGCAGAGCACGGCCCCGGAGUGUCUGUCGGCCAUCAGCACUCACGGCCUGCUGGCCAAGUGCACGGCCCACCUGCUGGACCAGCAGGCGCUGCGGAUCGUCUUCAACACGCUGGAGGGCAACUACGCGCUGUGUCUGCUGGCCAACCUGGUCCACUUGGCGUACCUUCAGGAGCCAGACACCCUGGCCUCCGUGCUCUGCCCCGACCUCAGCCUGGUGCUGACGCGGCUGCUGGAGAGCCUGCAGAAGUACGUGCAGAACAAGCGCUCCAACCUGAGCCAGUGGCACCCGGUACUGGGCUGGUUCAGUCAGCCGCUCGACCCGCGGCUCACUGAGGCGCUGCCUGCGGUGCGCGCUCAGCUGCAGCUGCUCUGGAGCCGGCCCAUCUCGGCGGCUCUGUUCGCCGGCAUGGAGCGCGCCCCGGCCCCGGCGCCGGCCCCGGCGCCGGCCGGAGCCGCCCAGCCGCCGCCGCCGGACGGCCGACUGGCCGGCUGGCUGCGCCGCGCCCUGGAGCGCGGCCGGCCCGGCGCGGCCGCCGCCCGCCGGCUGGGCAGCGCCGAGUGCGCGCGCGUGGCGCUCGUCUGCUCCCUGUACCAGACGGCGCUGCAGACGCUCACCCAGCUGCGCUCCGACAUACUCACCAGUCUGUGUUACGGCGGCAGCCUGCUCCCGGACCUGUGGUCGCUGCUGCGCGGCCUGGGCCCCGACUGCGGCCUCCGGCAGUUCGUCGGCCUGCUCGGCUCUCCGGAUGGCAGUGCCGCCCCCGAGUUCCACGUCGUCUCCAUGUUCUGCGACUGCAUGGCCAACUACGUGGUUGUUCUGGACGACAUCGAAAUGUACGAGGAGCAGAAGCUGUUCAAGUUGGAGGACUACGUUCAGAUAUCGGGCUUCCUCAACACAUUCGUGUACAAAAUCAUCAGCAACAACCUUAUCGAUGCCAAGUCGCUGCCGACCAGCUCCCUGUUCCAGUCUCUGCACGCGCUGCUGCUGCUCCUCUACAAACGGGACUGCCGCAGACAGUUCGCGCCCAAAAACCACUGGAUCAUCAGGGAGAUCAAGAUCAGCUUCCUCAACGACGUCGAGAAAAACAAAAAGUGGGCACUGCUGCUGCUGCAGAAGGUGCCGCACGUCCUCCACCACGAGGAGCGCGUCUACCUGUUCCGCCAGGAGGUGUCCAAGGAGCGGCUGGCGCUGGGGCUGACCGAGUCGCCCUUCACCUCGCCCCAGUCCACCCUGAUCACCAUACACAGGUCCCGCCUGCUGGAGGACGGCUACCGCCAGCUGGCGACACUCUCACCGCAGCUGCUCAAAGGCAUCGUCCGCGUCAAGUUCAUCAACGAGCAGGGCCUGGACGAGGCCGGCAUCGACCAGGACGGCGUGUUCAAAGAGUUUCUGGAGGAGACGAUCCGGCGGGUGUUCGACCCGAGUCUGAGCCUGUUCCAGACGACCAGCGAGCAGCGACUGUACCCUUCGCCGGCCUCGUCCGUUCACCACGACCACCUGCAGCUCCUCGAGUUUGUCGGAAAGAUGCUCGGAAAGGCCGUCUACGAGGGUAUCGUGGUGGACGUGCCUUUCGCGCCGUUCUUCCUAUCUGAGCUACUGGGCCACUCGCACAAGAACCUCUACUGUUCGGUGGACGAGCUGCCCUCGCUGGAUCCGGAGCUCUACAAAAACAUCACCUACAUCAAGCGGUACGACGGCGAUGUGCAGGACCUGGGGCUGACGUUCUCGUACGACCAGGACGUGAUGGGCCAGCUGGUCACUCACGACCUCAUCCCGGGCGGACGCGUCAUACCCGUCACCAACGAGAACAAGAUCCAGUACGUGUACCACCUGGCCCAUUUCCGGAUGCAGACGCAGAUCAAGGAGCAGACGGCGGCGUUCAUUCGCGGCUUCCGCGCGCUGGUCCGGCCCGAGUGGCUGCAGAUGUUCUCACCGCCAGAGCUGCAGCGGCUGAUUGCCGGCGACAACGUGGACCUUGACGUGCGCGAGCUGAGGAAGUACACCCAGUACUACGGCGGCUUUCACGACCGGCACCGCGUGGUCGUCUGGUUCUGGGACGUGCUCGACAAGGACUUCACGCAGGAGGAGAAAAAGAUGUUCCUCAAGUUCGUCACCUCCUGCUCCAAGCCGCCGCUGAUGGGGUUCGCCCAUCUGGAGCCGCCCUUCUCCAUUCGCUGUGUCGAGGUCGGCGACGACGACGACACGGGGGAUACGAUAGGCUCGAUGCUGCGCGGCUUCCUAUCGGUGCGCCGCCGCGACCCGGUCACCCGGCUGCCCACGUCGUCCACCUGCUUCAACCUGCUCAAGCUGCCCAACUACCAGAAGAAGGCCACCCUGCGCGACAAGCUGCGCUACGCCAUCCGCAACAACACCGGCUUCGAGCUGUCGUAGCGGCGCCUUCCGGUCAGUCCCGAGCCCGCCUCCUCGCCAGUGGCUGCCGUUGUACCCCGUCCUGACCAGACCGGGCCGCAGCGCCACAGACCCCACCAGUCGCCACCCGACCGAGCCUCGACCUGUCUCCCCGGCCCAGCCACAAUCCGUGUGUAACGGCUUGUUGUUCCUUAUAGGGAAAUUGGCGAUAUUUAUUCGUAGUCGCUUAUGGUUUAUCAUUAACAUUAUUUUCCCUAUUGCGAUCGAAUUCAUCUAUGAAAAAGUUGCGAGAUUUUCAGCUCCGAAUUAAAAUUAACGUGCACUGCGGAAUUCAACGAACUUACAAAACCUUUUUAGGUGGCAAAAUAUAUUGAGGAAAUGAUUUGUUUUGCGAGCUACGCUUUAGACGUCAUAGUUAUUGAAAAAAUCACGCAGUUAUCCAGUAUCGAACCAGCAGUAUCCUACAAAUCAUAUGUCGCCAUUUAAUUCGCUUUCCCGGUGGUCCUAGUCCGAAAUGGCUGUCCGGAUUAUGUCGCAAGUCGGUCCGUGAUGGUCCCAUCGGCUGGUCCAUCGGUCUACUGGUCCUAGCCGCUGGUCCUAGCCAGUGAUUGGCUAAGAUGCAAUGACAACUAUUUUCCACUCUCGUCGCUCGCUAGUCCUCUGGUCCCGCCAGCUGUUCCCUGAUCAGCUGGUCCGCACCUGCCCCCAUCAUCUGCCCUCCCCCUUCCUGUUUGUGUCGGCGCCGGGCGUCGCUGGGGGAUCUCCGGAGGGGCCCCUGUCCCCUCUGAUCGAUGCCACCCUGGCCCCGGGAGCGGGGUAUCCGUCCGCCGGCGAUCGGAGGGGCGGCCGAACGGUCAUCGCGCCGGCAGCGGCGGCAGACAGCGGCCGACGCCGGGCGCCCCUUGUGGCCGACAGGGUACCGCCGGAUGUGUGCCUGCCAUAGAGACGAGUCGGCUCCGUGAGGAGACAGGACACUCGUAUGAGGGAUUAGGGAGACUUUUGAGGGGUGAGGGGGACGUUUCCCUCGGACAGUCACGGGCAGUGAGAUGAGAGGAAAAGUGUUGGUGAGACUGGUGAGAGGAGAUUGGUUCUAGAUAUGCAGGGUAACAGGCAGUUCGGUGAGAGGGAGAGUAUCGAGCCGUUCAGAGGAGAGUGGUGCCGGGUGUGCCGCCUGUGGGAGCCUGCAGUGCUGCCGGUAGUCUCGACUGUGAUAUAUAUCGCGUGUGUUUGAAUACGAUCGGCCUGCUUCGCGCCGCUGUCCGAUCAAAUUGUCAGCAGUCGCCGAUCUGAUUCCAUGAUCGUGAUCGUGGUGUUGUAUUCCAGUAUUUUUGUUAGACCUUCCUGACCUAUAAUGAUCGUCGUGCUAUGGUAAUGGUGGCAAUAUGUUAUUGAACGCUAUGUGGAUAUUACUAUUAUCUGCCUUUGUGCGGUGCAGUGCGCCGCUGUUUUGUCCUAUGGGGCAAUAUCGGCGUCAGUGCCGUGCGAUCCUCCCGUUUUCCGAGCCGCACAGGGCACGACUCUGUGACUUGCGGUGCCGGCUCUUCCCAAGUACCGGUUGACAAACUGGUUUACAGGCGCGGUCAUUGCGAAUAGCCAUGCUUUUGUACUGUGGUACGGUACCAGCCGUCAACACCCGGGUUUAUCUUCGCCUCCAGCUCUGUGCGAGCCACCGCUUCGUCAAACCCGGGUGGACGACGAGGGUCGUUUGGGAACAAAGGACAGGACGGUGAUGAUGGGGAUGGUGGGUGGGCAACACUCCGCGCACCCCUUGUACACCGCGGCUCGGCUCACACUGCGCGUGUUAUCGGCCGACCACGGCGGGGCCGCCGCGGUUCUGUUUGUUCUUCUCCACCCUUCUCGUUAUCGCCCCCCCCCCCUCCCCCUCCCGCUUCCCUGGACCCCACUGGCUCGGUGUCGCGUCGUGUCACCUCGGCCCGCUAAUCACGAUUCAACGUCCCGUUAAUGCUUGAUUAGCGUGUCCUCCGAUCAACUCCUCUCCCUGUUUGGCUGUGAAAGGCCGUCAACACCCGGGUUUAUCUUCGCCUCCAGCUCUGUGCGAGCCACCGCCAAACACCCCAAAGGAACCAAGGGUAUGUGUAUUCUUACUAGAUUAUGCGCGCGUGUCCCGUUCACAGGGUUCACAGGCGGUACCUGUCAGCACGGGGGUUCCACGGCUCGGGUCCUGUAGGUACUCCGCCACACACGAUGGGGGCCGGACCGGACACUGGGCCGCCUGUGGCCGCAGCCGCCGGAAACCGCGCCAAGUCGUGCCGACUGAGCGCGUCGGCCGCGCCGUUCUCUUUCGUUGCCACGUACUCGACGGAUACAGCGGACUCAUGGAACGCCGUCCAGAACAGGGGCUGACGCAGCAGCGCCAUAAUCAGUGGCGACCCCGACCAUCCCCUCCCCCCAGACCCCCACCUCCCCCAUGUUAUCGGACCGGAUCAGCACGCGGUGCCCGCCCCAUCUCUCUCCCCACACCAAACAUGCCACCAUGACGGGGAUGAGCUCCAGCCACGUCAUGGAUGGCGCGACGUCACACUGCAGCUCGCGGGGCCACUCCAUCAUCCACCAUUCGUCUCCGUGCCACGCCCCCAUCCCCCGACGUGAGCUGUCCGUGUUCAUCACAAUACAGUGGUCGUAGGGGCAUUCCAUGUCAACCGGGACAGCCAAAAUCGGCCACCUCUGCGAUUUUGUUCAAACUUGGUAUACUUAUUGGCUAUUGGGUGAAACCUCUGAGGGUGAAAGGAUUUUGUCAUAUGCCCUCGGGGUACAGAGAUACAAGUCGCUAAACUUCUGCUUUUUGAGCAGAAUUGGACGUGUAUUGCAAUCUUGAAAGAUCUAUAGCUUCAACAUUUUUGAAGCUAUUAAUUUCAAACAAACUGAAACGUGUACGUAAAGAGUUGUGCUAGUAAAAUUUGACAAUUUUUACAUUUUUUGGUGAUUUUGAAUUUAUUUUAUCUUGAAUUAAUUUUUUAAAAUGUAAUUUGUGAAAAAUGGGUACCCUUCGAUUUUGCUCAAAUUUAGAUAUUGUGUUCCACUACACGUAAGGCACACGUGCUGAGAAAAUUAGAAUGGGCCAACACUCCGCGCACCCCUUGUACACCGCGGCUCGGCUCACACUGCGCGUGUUAUCGGCCGACCACGGCGGGGCCGCCGCGGUUCUGUUUGUUCUUCUCCACCCUUCUCGUUAUCGCCCCCCCCCCCUCCCCCUCCCGCUUCCCUGGACCCCACUGGCUCGGUGUCGCGUCGUGUCACCUCGGCCCGCUAAUCACGAUUCAACGUCCCGUUAAUGCUUGAUUGAGUGUUGUCUUUCCUCGUGGCGACCUGUGUGCGAUUUCAAACUCUUGGAGCAUGUUUCCGUGUUUUGUCGCGUAAUGCACAUUUUCCCUGGGUGUCGUCCUCACUUUCCUGGUGCUCGGUGACCAGAGGAGACGGAUUUUCUCUGGGUAUGGCCUCGUUGAAAGGCUUUCACAUCAGGAUCGAAAUCACUGCAAACUGUCUAGCUGCGAUCUCAGUGUAUGUUUUCGUCUCAAUGUUGUCAUAUUUUGAUGAGUUGUGAACCAAAUACAAACUUCUGCGAA